ACUAGGCUGCGGUAAGGUAGAGAUCAAGCGGGCGGGUGACCCACUAGUAAUUUGGAUGUGUGUCGCUCGCUCGAAUAAUUUUGGUUAUUAGUUCUAAAUAGGGGUCACUGCCACUGUGGAGCGAGAGAGAAGGAGCGAGGCUGCAGUGACGGCGGAGAGAGAGACAGCGAUAUGACGAAGCCAGUGGGAUGAGGCAUACAGAGACGCCGAAAAUCCCAAUGCUUUGUCGUCCAUUAGAGAAUCGAUUACGAUCACUGUCGCGAGGACAUAGAGUUUUUUGGUAGCGCGUAUGUUACACGAGGUGAACUCGUGGAGUGUAAAUACCGCGAAUUGUAUAGUGUGAGCAGUACUUUUGUGUGAAAUAAAGAGAUAUUAUACAGAGAACCGUGGACUAUUUCUUUUUGGGAUAUUGUGGUGAAGUACUGUGUGUUAGAGUUGUUUCAGCAGCGGAAGAAGCUGAGAAGCCGACCACGUGUUCGGGUGGACAUCGUGGAGAGACGUGAGAGAGAGCAGAGAGGCCAGAGAGAGGGACAGAGAGAGACGUAGGAGAAAAAUGCCGUACGAUCGCAUCGGGCAGAGAGGGAUGGAGAGAAGUCGUCAUCGUCCAUCGACGGACUUCGGUGUGGAACCGCGAGGUCAAGGACGAAUGACGAGAAGUCGUAGUCAAUCCGCCCAUAGGCCAGGGGGCGAGUUCCAACCGGACACGACGGCUACGAGAGGGGCAUCAUUACUGAUGUUCCCUAAUAGAGAUGUGCCGCUUCCCAACCCGUUGGAACCGGUGAGACCAGGGGAGGGUAAAACCAAGAGGCCAGAGAGAGAGUCAGGAACGGAGGAAGGUGCAGUGGGUGGAACAACAGGCCAAAGAAGGAGGGAAGAGAGACGGGAGAAUCUCCGGGGAUUAGAAGGGUUCGAGAGACAACAACUCGCAGUCUCUCACACUCAGAACAAAGUGGAGAUCGUGGUCCCGUAUACUUGGCCAGCAGAGAGAAGCAAGGGGGAGAGCGAAGAGGCAUAUGAGAGCCGCCUUGCAGAACACGAGCUGGAGAGUUUCCUCCGUCACGGGUCGGUGUAUCCGACGAGAGAUUUGGCCCGGCUAAAGAGUCGCCAAAGCGAGGCCAUGUCGGCCAGACAGAAGCCAGCCCUCAGGAAGGAGGAUAUGGAGAGCACGGCACCGACUCCGAGGGAAGCGCGUUCGCACUCCCCACAUCCCGGACCGCCCAACCGUCGGGAACCUGUAAGGAGAGAAGCGGUCAGUGCAAUGAGCGCUCAGUCUUCUCGGAAUUCCCGAAAUACAGCGACACAACGGCCAGAGAGAGUAGAGGAGAAAAGAGGUAGAGAGGUGGGAACAAGGAGAGCACCGCUGAAGGUCAAAACUUCAGGAGUGAUCUUCGGGAAUUUAAAGGCAAUUCCCACGGUGAGUGCAAUCGAUCCCCCGCCAUAUGCCUGUUUUCAGUGUUGGAGGUUCGACCAUAAGUUGGAGGCUUGUCAGAGCACCAAAAGAUGGCCAUAUUGCUUGAAUUGUGGUCGGCGAUUGGUGACGGUCGAGACUUGUCCGCGUUGUGCAGAGGCAUACGCAAGGAGAGGUCGAGAGGUGGUUGACCGAGUCGAGCGGGUCAACAAACAAGAGGAGACCGAGGCAAGGAGGCCAACAAGAGAGGAGACCUCAUCAGCAGAGGUCAAGGACAGAGAGAUGAAGGAGAAGGGCGGUGACGAGGAUCUAACAGCAAAGAUCCUAGAGAUCACGAGAGCCCUAGCGGGACUGCCGGCCUCCACCAUAGACAAGGCCAUAAACCAGCUGCUGGAAGAGAGGAGGACGCAGUUGGGAAAGAGGGCGGACGUGUAGGCGGAAGUUCCAGGCCAGAGAGAGAGAGAGAAAGGAGUUCGGACAGAGAGAGAGGAAAGGAGUAGGCCAGAGUAAGAGAAGGAGGGACAGACGGACAGAGAUAGAGUAACGGGUGAAUCAUGGCCAGAGAGAAUCGAGGGAGAGGACCAUGGUUGCCGCUGAUUUGGUAAGAAAUAAAAUCUUUUUAUAUUAUCAUUUUUUUGUUGUUGUUAUAUGACGGUGACCCACUAGUAAUUUGGAUGUGUGUCGCUCGCUCGAAUAAUUUUGGUUAUUAGUUCUAAAUAGGGGUCACUGCCACUGUGGAGCGAGAGAGAAGGAGCGAGGCUGCAGUGACGGCGGAGAGAGAGAGACAGCGAUAUGACGAAGCCAGUGGGAUGAGGCAUACAGAGACGCCGAAAAUCUCAAUGCUUUGUCGUCCAUUAGAGAAUCGAUUACGAUCACUGUCGCGAGGACAUAGAGUUUUUUGGUAGCGCGUAUGUUACACGAGGUGAACUCGUGGAGUGUAAAUACCGCGAAUUGUAUAGUGUGAGCAGUACUUUUGUGUGAAAUAAAGAGAUAUUAUAC